CACCACAAGGCUGAGCCCCAGAGCUGAGGAGAGAGAGCAGGGAGCAGAGCAGCUUCCUCUGGCUGACCCGCACCUGACUUCAAGGGUCAGAACUUUUCCUGGGGACACUGGAGACACUGUGCCAGCUCACCUGCCCUUGCCUACCCUCCAGCUUCAGGUGUCAGCUGGCUCUCCUGCAGGCCACUGCACUACUUACUACAGCAGAGAACAAACUUUGUCACCCACCAACGUGCCUGCGGGUCAACUAGGAGGAAUAGACUGCUGGACAGACAGACAGAAGGCCAAGUCAGCCGUGGGUCUGUGCUCACAGUCCUGCCCCUGGCAGACAUCAGCAGAGUAGACAGCUAAGGAGCUAAGGACUUCUCCAGAGGCGGUGAUAGGACCUCAGUCCACUACCGGCCACCUCUUGAAUCCAGCCCGGUAGCUGCCGUUCAAGUGUGGACCCCGUGGCUGGAACCCCUGUGCCUCAGGACAGGAGCCCCAAGAGAGCUACAGGCUCCUCCACCUACCGAGGCGACGGGUAACGUGGGCGAGAAGGCGCAGGUGGCAGGUAGGCAGGUCCGGGGUCCUGAGGCCGACAGGCUGCUGACCCUGGAGCACACUGGCUCCGAGAACCGUGUCCUGGCUGGGGAUGAUGCUGUGGAGGUCACCAACAGUCACCCCUGCCCUGUCCUGCGGCUGCCUCCUGCCUGGCCCCUGGGCUGUGGCGCUGACGAUGUACCAGCUUUCUGCUUGGUCUGCUUCCACAGAGAGGAGGAGGAACUGGAAGAAGUUCCACUACAGAGGGAGAAGAUGAGCGUGGGCUGCCCUGAGCCUGAACCGCUCCACUCCCUGCCUUGCUGUGGGCCGGGGGCCGCCCCUGUACCUGGUGCAGGUGUGCCCCUCCUCACAGAAGACAUGCAAGCCCUGACCCUGCGCACACUGGCUGCCAGCGACGUCACCAAGCACUACGAGCUCGUGCGGGAGCUGGGUAAAGGGACCUACGGGAAGGUCGACCUGGUGGCUUACAAGGGCACAGGCACUAAAAUGGCCCUGAAAUUUGUGAAUAAGAGUAAGACCAAGCUGAAGAACUUCCUGCGUGAGGUGAGCAUCACCAACAGCCUGUCGUCUAGCCCCUUCAUCAUCAAGGUCUUCGACGUGGUCUUCGAGACGGAGGAGUGCUAUGUCUUUGCUCAGGAGUAUGCACCUGCUGGGGACCUGUUUGACAUCAUCCCUCCUCAGGUGGGGCUCCCGGAGGACACGGUGAAGCGCUGUGUGCAGCAGCUGGGGCUGGCACUGGACUUCAUGCAUAGCAGGCAGCUGGUGCACCGCGACAUCAAGCCCGAGAAUGUGCUGCUGUUUGACCGUGAGUGCCGCCGCGUGAAGCUGGCUGACUUCGGCAUGACGCGGCGCGUAGGCUGCCGUGUGAAGCGAGUAAGCGGCACUAUACCCUACACGGCGCCCGAGGUGUGCCAGGCUGGCCGCGCCGAUGGCUUCGCGGUGGACACGGGCGUGGAUGUGUGGGCAUUCGGCGUGCUCAUCUUCUGCGUGCUCACUGGCAACUUCCCGUGGGAGGCUGCGUCAGGUGCCGAUGCCUUCUUCGAGGAAUUUGUGCGCUGGCAGCGGGGUCGCCUGCCCGGGCUGCCAUCCCAGUGGCGACGCUUUACGGAGCCUGCUCUACGCAUGUUCCAGCGGCUUCUGGCGCUGGAGCCUGAGCGGCGUGGGCCCGCCAAGGAGGUCUUUCGCUUCCUCAAGCAUGAGCUCACAUCUGAGCUGCGGCGGCGGCCAUCGCACCGCGCACGAAAGCCACCUGGGGACCGCCUGCCUGGGCCCCUGCGCCUUGAGGCUCCAGGGCCACUCAAGCGCACUGUGCUCACCGAGAGUGGCAGCGGCUCGCGGCCUUCCCCACCCAGCGUAGGGCCCGUGGUACCCGUGCCAGUGCCAGUGCCAGUACCCGUACCUGAGGCUGGUCUGGCUCCGCCCGCACCCCCGGGCAGGACCGACGGCCGUGCGGACAAGAGCAAAGGGCAGGUGGUAUUGGCCACAGCCAUCGAGAUCUGCGUCUGAGCCGCUGCAGCACAGCUGUUGCGGGGAAGCCGCGCGCUCUAACCCGUACUAGGGACAAGGAGCAGCCGCUGCGCGGCAGUGGGAAGGAGUAGCAUAGACUAGGAGGCCCAGACACCGGGUGGGUGGUGGGCUGGUGACAUAGCUAGCAAAAUGACCGUGCAUAUGGCCGGCCUCAGCACAGAGCAGCCGAGGCCCCUGACAAAGGCCGGGAGCUUGUGGGCCAGACUCUGAGCUCUGGAACCUGAACACUCCUGGCGCUUCAUACCCCUUGGCAGAUAACCCUACAAUAUUCCAUCCAAACCUGGGCACAGAAAGGGGGCUUUGGUGUCAGGCAGAUAUGGGCACGAGAUCCUUAGAAACUGGUAGGGACAGGCACUAGGUUGAUAACAAUGGUGUCCAGGAGGUCAGAGGAAGAGGCCAAGCCCCUUACAUGUAGCAAAAGUUGUGUGCAGGAACAGACCUGAGUAUCUAGUGGUACCCCUCACUUCCUCCCGCUGAUGGGGACUUUGAACCCAGGAGGGAGAGCUAUUACCGCAGCCACGAGGCUUUUGGGAACAGAGCUCCAAUGUGUGCCCCUCCUGGGAGUAGGGGAGCAGAUGGCUGGGGAACAGGAGGCUCGGCACUCCUGUGUCCCUAGGGCUAGGGAGUACAUCCACAGCCCAGCUGCUCCCUCCCUGAGCACUCCACAAGCAGGGGAACAAUUGUGUCAGCUAUUCCUGGGUUUCUGUUGGAGUCACAUGCCUGAGCCUCGGUUCUAGGCCAGUACCCUUUCAGGAGUGGAGCACAUCACGGAUGGGACAGGACGCCACUGAAAUGACAGGAGUGAAUGUGACGUGUGUCUGCUGACUUCAGUGUCCACACACCUCACCAGGCAGCUGCCAAGAGCCAGGCCUAUGUUUUACCACACUCCUCAGGGAAUCCCAGGAGAUACCUGCUGUUGGCUCAGGUUCUUAGGCAGCAAAACAGGACUUCACCCUGCCCCGGCUCUCCUUUGGGAGCCGACACAAGAGGCUUGAGGAACCCUGCAAUAACCUUAACCAGGAGGCUGAGCCUUCUACCUGGCACCACGCAACUGGCCAACCUGGGUUGCCUCUCCUAGGUCCCUCCAAAAAGUCCCUGGUCAUUCAAGGAGGUUCCAUCUUGGGGCUGGCUGGCUAGCUACAAGGGGCACCAACCACCCCUCCGCCCAGAGCCCCCACCUCUACACACCCCCUUACUCCCACCACAAAGGGCUAUAGGUCUCCCUGCCCUGCCUGAGUCCAGUUUACAAACUGUGGUUGCUCCAGGGCCUGGUCCUACUCUCCUGGGGUGCCACCACUUCCCUAGUGGACACAGGGCCCACAUAUGCCAGGUAAGUAGCAAACCCCUCCUCCUGCCAAGAGCCGAGUCUCAGAAGGCCCCCAUCACUGCCCUGGCCCACCUGGGGCCAUUAGGCCCUCCUUCCCAGCCGCUACUUCUCCUCUUGCCUUAGGCCUCUCCACCCUGAUCUGCAAUAACAAGGAAGCGAGAUUCCACAGUAGACAUCCCGCAUCCCAUAAGCGCCCUCUCUGUUGAGAUCCUGUGUGGGAGGCUUCUCCCUUGUAGUAUCUAGGAUGGUAGUCCUCAGAAGAGACUUUAGGUACGUAGCCCAGCCCCAUUGUUUAGAGGUAGCAACCAGCUUGACUCAGGCUGGGUCAGCCUCUGUCUGCUCUUGCCACUGCUGGUACUGUCUAUGUCGGUUGGGUUGGGACCCUUUGCCCCUUAGGAGAGGUGUUGGUUACAGAUGUUUACCUCAGUUUGUCUCUGUUGAAGAAACCAAUAAUAAUAGCAAAAAAUUAGUAACAUAGUAGACAUGGAGGCAUAGAAGACAAACCACAGAGGAACCUCCUCCUUUGCAAUUUUUCUGUGAAGUACAGUUUGUUCACGUAUGCACACAUAUGUGCACAUCUCUGUCUCACCCCAAGGCAGGCCAAAUCAUCUAUUGACACCUGUCCCAGCCUGUGUUUCCCUCACACUGCCCCCUGUCCUUUGGUGCUUCCCAGGGGCCCCUUUGAGCUGGCUUGUGGGGUGUAGGGGAGUUCCCUGGAUGGGAGGUGAGGCCUCGGGGUAGCUAGAGGUCUCCCACCAGGUUCUGUGAGCGGGAGAGCCCUGUGGCUGUGUAAUGUUCCCUGAGCCCACAGGACAGGCCUGGUGGUUGGCAUCAGUGUCCCAGUCUGGGGCAGAGCCUGGGUUCUCAAGCUGUAGAGCCUCACACCCCUGUCUUCCCACUCCUACCCCAUGUGUUUGUAAAUACUCUGGCUUCCUUUGGCCCUAAGGAGGUUUUUAAAUGUGUUAUUUACUUCUCUAACUAUGACAAUUGCUAUAAAAUAAAAAUUUAGAAAAA